ACUGGAAAGAGCUGAGGCAUCAUGUAUGGGGGCCAGAGGCCACUGCUUCUCCUGCUGCUGCUGGCUGUCUACCUGGGGGCCCAGGGCCGAAACCAGGAAGAGCGCCUGCUUGCAGAUCUGAUGAGUAGCUACGACCCCCACCUGCGACCAGCAGAACGAGACUCGGACGUGGUCAACGUCAGUCUGAAGCUGACCCUCACCAACCUCAUCUCCCUGAACGAACGAGAGGAGGCCCUCACCACUAACGUCUGGAUAGAGAUGCAGUGGUGUGACUAUCGACUACGCUGGGAUCCACAAGACUACGAAGGCCUGUGGGUGCUGAGGGUGCCGUCCACCAUGGUGUGGCGGCCAGAUAUCGUGCUGGAGAACAAUGUGGAUGGUGUCUUCGAAGUGGCUCUCUACUGCAACGUGCUCGUGUCCCCUGAUGGCUGCAUCUACUGGCUGCCACCUGCCAUCUUUCGCUCUUCCUGUGCCAUCUCCGUCACCUACUUCCCCUUUGACUGGCAGAACUGCUCCCUCGUCUUCCAGUCCCAGACUUACAGUACCAGUGAGAUUAACCUGCAGCUGAGUCAGGAAGAUGGGCAAACCAUUGAGUGGAUUUUCAUUGACCCUGAGGCCUUCACAGAGAACGGGGAAUGGGCCAUCCGGCACCGGCCAGCCAAGAUGUUGCUGGAUCCGGUAGCACCAGCGGAGGAGGCGGGCCACCAGAAGGUGGUGUUCUACCUGCUCAUCCAGCGCAAGCCCCUCUUCUAUGUCAUCAACAUCAUCGCUCCCUGCGUGCUCAUCUCCUCUGUCGCCAUCCUCAUCUACUUUCUUCCUGCCAAGGCGGGCGGCCAGAAGUGCACAGUGGCUAUCAACGUUCUCCUGGCCCAGACCGUCUUCCUCUUCCUUGUGGCCAAGAAGGUGCCCGAGACCUCCCAGGCAGUGCCGCUCAUCAGCAAGUACCUGACCUUCCUCAUGGUAGUGACCAUCCUCAUUGUCGUGAAUGCUGUGGUCGUGCUCAACGUGUCCUUACGGUCCCCCCACACUCACUCCAUGGCCCGAGGGGUCCGAAAGGUGUUCCUGUGGCUCCUGCCUCAGCUGCUUCAGAUGCACAUCCGCCCGCUGGCCCCAGCAGCUGUGCAGGACACCCAACCCCGGCUCCAGAACGGUUUCUCCUCAGGGUGGUCCAUCCCAACUGGGGAGGAGGGAGGCCUCUGCCUGCCCCGCAGUGAACUUCUCUUCCGGCAGAGGCGGCGUGAUGGGCUGGUGAGGGCAGCACUGGAGAAGCUAGAAAAAGGCCCAGAGAUGGCACAGAGCCAGGAGUUCUGUGGCAAUCUGAAGCAGGCUGCCCCAGCCAUUCAGGCCUGUGUGGAUGCCUGCAACCUCAUGGCCCGCGCCAGACACCAGCAGAGUCACUUUGACAGUGGGAACGAGGAGUGGUUCUUGGUGGGCCGUGCGCUGGAUCGUGUCUGCUUCCUGGCCAUGCUCUCACUCUUUAUCUGUGGCACUGCUGGCAUCUUCCUCACGGCCCACUACCACCAGGUGCCUGCCCUGCCAUUCCCUGGAGACCCCCGCCCCUAUCUGCCCUCUCCAGACUGAGCCAACCAAUCACUGCUGGGCCCAGGGCAGUUGUAUUUGUGAGUCACGCUGUCUUCUCCACUGUGUUCUGUUGCUGAGGUUAUGAGUGUGCUCUUCAGGAAGUAUCCAAAUGGUCCUGAGAAGAACUGGGGAAAAUAAAGAGAUGGAGCUGGAGUCCUGGAAUGGCUGGGGAUUGGAUGGU